CUUUUCCAUUCAGACUAACACUGGACAGCAUAUAUUUACGGUCUUCACUGAUCCUUUUCAGUGCCUUUGCAGUGCUCACGCCAUUUACCAUUGAGCACUUCUUGCAUGCCUUUCUGCAAAAGGCAAUCCCGUGUGACUUCCUCCGUCCGGCAGUCAUCCGCACUGUCAAGUACCUCUGAUACUCCUCAGCACACCGACCUUUCUUCGAACCAUCCUAUAAAAGACCAAUGCUCCAGACUCACAUACCCAUCCCUUUCGGACUCUUUUCCUUGGGUCCGACCACCGACUAAAUCAGGCAAAUCAGGCGCCAAGACCGUGGCUUCAAUCCGUCCGUAUUUGCCCCGCCCGAGUCCUGACUCCUGAGGCAGCAGCCGGCAGCCUAAUCACCAACGCGGUCGAUAUAACGCGAUCGAAGCCUCUGUCUUUUGCAAUUUACAGACGAACUUAUAGAUAUUGUAUUUGUAUGAGCACGCUCACUCGAUCAUGGCAGUCGCAAUGGCUUCACCUCAGUCGCGUUUCGACUUACCGGGUUUCUCCUUACCCCUGAACUUCACCCCCGGGACGGUACGGCGUGUCAUGUUCCCCAAUGGGCUGGACGAUUAUUUCAACUCGCGGUUGGAUACGCAUCGAGAGAUAUUGAUGAUGCGAGCAAUGAAUUCCAUUACCGACAAGCCGGACUGGGACAAGAAGGCCCGUUUUCCAUUUGUGUUCAAUGAUGAGAUUACUGCCAAAUGGCGCAAAGAGAUUAAAGACAGUGGAGAAGAUAUCAGCGAGCGGAUGGUAGACUGGAUCAUCAAAGAAGCACAAUGGAAAGCCGGGGUCUUCCAAGAUACCAAGCACAUUGUCGCAUUUGACGUGGGCGUGGUCAAAUCCGAUGUUGCCAUACCGGAAGAAUUACGCCAGGCUCUCAUAGAGGCCGUAUGUCCCCUGGAGGAGAUUCCCGAGGACCAGAAAGACUACCAUCCUGGAACGGACGAUAAGGUCGUGGACCUGGUUCAUCCGUCGUUAUUUCCUGUGAUAUACGGCCGAACGCGCAUCCUGCCAGACCAGCUCAUCGGUCUCGAAGCCUUUGCAAACCACAUCGGUGAAGGCGAAGUGCUUUCUGUCCGCCCAAAGCAGGAGUGUGUCACGAAGCAGAGUGAUUACGACUACUGGUACCAGAGGCGCCCUCAUCGACCCUACAGCCUCAAAUUUCAAUGGCUACCCUGUGACGUCCACUUUGGACCAAACGAUGAAUGUCGGAUUGCAUCGUACAUUAACAAUCUACAUCCCCAGCGACACCGCGGCCUGUACCAAGUCAUCGAAAGGAUUCUGGCGAAGACCAUCCCUAUGUGGAACACAACCCUGAGUCUCUUGGAAAAUGAUUGGAAACGCAUUGAAUACUAUGAAGUUGAGUAUGAGGACCAUCCAGAACCCGAGCCGGAGGCGGCGGACGAGGAUGAAGAGGAUGACGACGAAUUCUGCGAGAAACAGUGGGAAUGGCAACGCAGUCAGCCCAUCAAACGACCAGAACCAGGAAAAUUUUUCCCGCACCCUUUUUACGACCAGAUCAACCUCCGCAAGGAAUAUGCCGAGCGAGGACUCCAGGUGAUUGUGAAGCUAGCGAACAUCGAGCUGACGCCAGAGAAACCCGAGUAUGAAGGAGGUUCCUGGCAUAUUGAAGGGCAACUGAACGAACAUAUCUGCGCCACAGCCAUCUACUACUAUGAUAGCGAGAAUAUCACAGAGAGCACUCUCGCGUUCCGUCAACGGGCCAGCUCGAGCAAGAUCGAGGACAUCAACUAUGAACAAUCCCGGCACGAGUUUCUGCAACAGGUCUUUGGCUUUGGGUCUGACGUGGAUGGUUCCAAUGAGUGCAACGUCACUCAGCUGCUAGGCAGUGUCGAGACGCGCCAGGGACGUCUUCUCACCUUUCCAAAUAUCCUCCAACAUCGCGUGGCGCCGUUCUCACUGGCGGACCGGUCCAAACCGGGCCAUCGCAAGAUCCUCGCAUUUUUUCUCGUCGAUCCGCAUCUAUCUAUCAUUUCCUCCGCGAAUGUGCCACCUCAGCAACAGGACUGGUGGAGAGAGCGGCAGGAGCUCGUUGGCCGUUUGCUUGGGGAUAGGCUGCCUCCGGAACUGCAGGACAUGGUAAGGAAGGAAUUUGAUGCUUAUCCCAUCUCGAUGGAUGAGGCCAAGCAGUACCGAAAGGAGCUGAUGGAGGAGCGUUCGUCCAGGUUGGAGGAGCAGAACGAGAAAUUCGAGAUGGACAGCUUUAACUUAUGCGAACAUUGAUCAUAUUAUCGGCUGGCUCGUGUGGAUAGCCUGGCUAGAUCCGAGUGCCACUGAGGAUCGAAAAU